AUGAUUACUUGUAAUACCGAAGUGGUGGCUUCACCAAAAAACAAAUUUAAGAAAGACGAACCAUUUUUAGAUGAAAGAUUAAUUGAUUAUAAUGAUGAAAAGCUCAUAUAUGUCAGGAGAGGAUCUCAAAGAGAUAGCCGUAGGAUUAUUGGCAAAAAUAAUUUGAACUUCGAGAAUUCACAUCUUUCGAAAGAACAUGCGUGUUUGCAAUAUAGAGAUGGAAUAUUAUUUAUUAAGGACUGUGGGUCGACGUUUGGGACUACAAUCAAUGACAAGUUUAUUGUAGCAAAUACAUGGCAUCUGUUAGGGUUGAGUGAUACGAUUGGGUUUAUUGUUUCGAAGCCUUCAACUUGUAUUGCAAAAAUUGUUAAGAAAUAUCCAAGCGACAGAGAUAUUCCAUUAGAAGAGUUCUCUAACCCUCCAAUUGGUUUGAGACUUUCUUUUGAAUAUUCUGGAGAUAACCAGCUUAAAUUUAGUGUUGUCAAAGAUGAUAAGGAUUCAAGACCCUUAUCGAAAGACGAGCCGCUUGAAACGAAUGCUAACGAGACUUAUGACACGGAUGCGUAUUACUUUGAUGAUUGCUUAGAGGUUGAUAAAAAGCAUCCAAAAGAAUGUUCCUGCGCCGAAAGGAGUUGUACGGAAGGUAAUGAGGAAGAAUUUGAGUACAAGGUGGUUGAGACGGAAGUUCAACUGGAUAACUCUCAUCAAGAUACAGACAAGCAAGGUGAGUUUGUCAUGGACGUGGAAACUUCAUCGCUCGAUGUUAAAGGAACUGACGGUAAUUCGAAUCUUAAUGAUCAUGAACUGGAUUUGGAAAUUUCCAGUACGCAUGAAUCGCGGGUUGCAAAAAGCGAGGAUCUGGAUGACGUUGAAAGUUGUUCUUUUGGCCAUUUUACAUCAGAAAUAAUUUCAGAGUCCGAUUUAGAUUCAGAAUCUGAUUUCUCAUCUGAGUUUUCUAAUUCCGAUUCUAAUUCAAGUUCUAACUCUAGCUCUAGUUCUAGUUCGAGUUCCGAUUCCAGCUCAUCUAUAUCAGAAUCUAAUGAAUCAGAUCCUGAACUUGAUACAAGCGGUUUCAUCGGAAACAUAGACUUAGAAGAAGCAAAUGACUGGAGUUGUAGAAACAUCUCUUGUUCUAUUACUUCCGGCUCCAACUCCCAAGGUUCUAUUACUUGUGGCCUUCCACUUGCUAUUGUCCCGGUAUUGGAUCGUACGGAAGAUUUAUUGAAUACGUCGCACUUGGAGCCGUAUAAUGAAAACAAAAAGAAGAGGUCAUUUGAUGAAUACCAGGGUGAUAUUCAAUCAUCAAAUGAAGAACAUGAGUCAAAGAAAAUUAAGCCGUCUCCAGCAAAGGAUAAUUUUACAUUCAAAACAAUUGCUAAAGAGGUUGCUAAGGGUGUAUUCUAUGCCUUGGCAACCAUAACAGCUCUUGGAAUUUAUGGAAGCACUAUUGAUAAUCAAGAAUGA